AUAUACACUUAUGCGUCGUAACACCUUGCUUGCAAAAACAAGAGAGGCGAACUGCAUGUCAUGAUAUGAAAAGUUAUUGAAACUAAAGAAAAGGAAAAAAAAAGCAAAAUUAACCGAAAGUACAAGGUUGAAAACAAUAGAAUCCUACAAGAGAAAUAAAAGGAAAACUUAAUUCACACAAAAGGAAGACUUUUUAGAUUGAAAGCCAACUAUUAAAUUGCACGAACGAUGAGCUAUAAGAAUUCUAAUUUGCAAGGUGGAUAUCGUUUGAAAAAUGGGAACACGCUGAAAGAAGAUAUUGUAAACGAAUGUCGUAACGCUUUUCAUCAAUUUGAUGCUGAUGGUAACGGACACAUCACUUCAAAAGAACUUGGUGCAGUGUUUAAUGCACUUAACGAAAAUGUUCCUGGAUACAAACUCCGUGAAAUGAUCGAGGAAGUUGACAAAGAUAAGAAUGGAACAAUCGAAUUUGAUGAAUUCUUGGAGAUGUAUUGUAAAGUAACAUCAAAAGGAGUGUUUGGACAGUGGACUUCUCUGGUAUCAAAGCGUGCAGGCAUUAAAGUACAAGGAGGCUCAACAGAAGCUUCUGCCGACGGUACAACUCACACGUCUUCAGAUGCAGAACAAAUUGCGUUUAAAGAUUGGAUAAAUUCACAACUUAACAAAGAUCCGGAUUGUCAGCAAUAUUUACCGAUUGGCGAAGGGGAUGAUCUUUUUGAGAAAAUGAAGGAUGGCAUCUUGUUUUGUAAAAUGAUCAAUUUAUCUGCUCCAAAGACUAUAGAUGAACGAGCUGUAAACAAAGGAAGGCUUAAUGCGUUCUUGAUACAAGAGAACAAUAUUUUAGUCACUAACUCUGCACAGGCAAUUGGAUGCACAGUUGUCAACAUUGCUGCCGAAGAUAUAUCACGUGGUAAACAUCAUUUGAUGUUGGGACUUUUGUGGCAGAUUAUUAGGAUUGGUUUAUUUGCCAACAUCACUCUGACUGCCAAUCCCAACAUUGCAGCUCUGUUAGAAGAAGGCGAGACGAUUGAAGAUUUGAUGAAACUAACACCCGAAGAAUUGUUAUUACGAUGGGUUAAUUACCAUCUUCGAAAGUCCGGUUCCAUGAAGAGGAUCAACAACUUCUCUGGUGACAUCAAGGAUUCUGAAGCUUAUGCCAUCUUGUUGAAUCAAAUUUCACCACAAGAAUUUGGAGUUGACCGGCCUGAACGGGUUAUGUCUGUUGGAGAUCAUACCAAGAGAGCUGAGUUAAUUCUGAAAAAUGCAGAUAAAAUAAACUGUAAAAAGUUUUUGACACCCAGGGAAAUUUGCAACGGAAAUGCUAAACUGAAUUUGGCUUUCGUUGCUAAUCUUUUCAACCAUUUCCCAGCCCUUGACGACGCUGAUAUCGAAGACGUGGAGAUUGAGGAUUAUGAGGAAAGUAGGGAAGAAAAAACUUUCCGUAACUGGAUGAACAGUUUGGGCGUAAACCCGUUUGUUUACCACUUGUAUCAUGAUCUCAACAAUGGAAUGGUGUUAUUCCAGUUAUUCGAAGACAUCAAGAAAGGUACUGUGAAUUUUGACAAAGUCAACAAGCCGCCAUUUAAACUCGCAACGGGUGGCAACAUGAAAAAGAUUGAAAACUGCAACUACGCUGUUGAGUUAGGGAAAAGCAAUAACUACUCGCUCGUUGGAAUCGGUGGCGAAGAUAUUUACAAUGGAACUCACACUCUUACUCUAGCCCUUGUUUGGCAGAUGCUUCGUCAUUAUACCAUGAACCUGUUGGGUAAUCUCACGGAUAAAGAUGGAGCCACUAUUAAGGACGUCGAAAUUGUGGACUGGGUAAACAAGAAGUUGCAAGAAGCACACAAGAAGACAAACAUAAAAAGUUUCAAGGACUCUACUAUAGCUUCAAGUCUUGCUGUUAUCGAUUUGAUCGAUGCUAUCAAACCUGGCAGUAUCGACUAUUCUCUCGUUGUGAAUCCAGCUUUAGAGGAUGAGGACAAAGAGUUGAACGCCCAAUAUGCCAUCUCCAUGAGUCGUAAGAUUGGGGCGCGCACAUACGCUUUGCCUGAAGAUCUCGUGGAAGUCAAACCGAAGAUGGUACUCACUGUGUUCGCUUGUCUGAUGACACGUGCCAUGUCAAAGUGAGACUGCUUGAUUUUAAACGAGGCUGUUAUUUACUGAUGUGUAUGUUUUAGGACGUUUCUAGUGAUCUUUAAAAUUUUAUUCUUAGGUAGCUUGUUACAAAUAUAAUAGCGAACAUUUUUGCGUUCUCUAUCUGUAUGUCCUAACCCUGAGUGAAUACUAAGCUAAUACGAAGAAAGCUGUCUUCUUAAAACACGAAAUACGUUCGUUAGCCAAGCAGAGUCUGAGUUUAUUAAAAUAGGACCAUGUAAAUGUUUUGUUUUGUUUCUUUUUUUAUAUAUUUUAGUUUAAGAUUUUCUAUUACCUUGCAUUGAUAAUUUAUUAUUAUACACACAACACUACAUGCCUACUGUAUAUUUUACACGCAAUGUCGUGCGCCUACGAACAUUGAACACUUAUAGAGAGAGGUUCUGAAGGUUAUUUUUUGUACACAAUCGUCUUCAGAUUUUCUUUUUCUUUUAUUUGUAUUAGUAUGACAGACUAGUUGGAAGCCCUUGUGAGUACCUCAGUUCGUGUUAAAGGGCAUGUAAAUCCAAUUCGCUCGCUCCAAUGUAGGUCAUUUGUAAAAAAAAAGAUGGUAGUUAAUUGUAAAAACACAACUUGUACAUUAUAUUAGUUCUUACGUUUUGGGAUUUAUAUCGCUUGAUUAGAAAGUUAUGACGUAGUUGUUUUCGUAUACUGUAAGAAAUUAAAUUGUUUGUAA